AUGCCGGUGCACGGGGAUCUGGACAGGCAAAUAGAGCAGCUGAUGGAGUGCAAACCGCUGCCGGAGGCGGAGGUGAAGGCCCUGUGCGAUCAGGCGCGGGCGGUCCUGGUGGAGGAGUGGAACGUGCAGCCGGUGAGGUGCCCCGUCACCGUGUGCGGCGAUAUCCACGGCCAGUUUUAUGACCUGAUUGAGCUCUUCCGGAUCGGCGGGAAUGCGCCGGACACCAAUUAUCUGUUCAUGGGGGACUAUGUUGACCGUGGUUACUACUCUGUGGAGACAGUAACGCUCUUAGUGGCUCUGAAAGUUCGUUAUAGAGAUAGGAUAACGAUCCUUAGAGGAAAUCAUGAAAGUCGCCAAAUCACUCAAGUGUAUGGAUUUUAUGACGAAUGCCUGAGGAAGUACGGCAAUGCCAAUGUGUGGAAGUAUUUCACUGAUCUUUUUGAUUACUUGCCCUUGACAGCACUGAUCGAGAGCCAGAUAUUCUGUUUGCAUGGUGGCCUUUCACCUUCACUUGAUACCUUGGAUAAUAUCCGAGCUUUAGACCGCAUACAGGAAGUCCCACACGAAGGUCCAAUGUGCGAUCUCUUGUGGUCUGACCCGGACGAUCGAUGUGGAUGGGGAAUCUCCCCACGUGGAGCCGGUUACACGUUCGGGCAGGACAUAGCUUCUCAAUUCAAUCACACCAAUGGCCUCACACUCAUUUCAAGAGCUCACCAGCUUGUCAUGGAGGGUUACAAUUGGUGUCAGGAAAAGAAUGUGGUGACAGUGUUUAGUGCUCCGAACUACUGCUAUCGAUGUGGGAACAUGGCUGCAAUACUCGAAAUUGGAGAAAACAUGGAGCAGAACUUCCUUCAGUUUGACCCGGCCCCACGGCAGAUCGAGCCAGACACGACCCGCAAGACUCCUGAUUAUUUCCUGUGA